AUGUCGGGUCAGGGCCUCCAAACAGGGCCUCCAAACCUGGGCGACAAUCGGUUUGCGCCGCUUGCCAUCAGCCCACCAUCAAAAAAAAGAAGACAACCCCAAAAACUGGAUAUUGCAUUCCCGGAACUUCCAACUACUUCAGUUGAUAAUCCAAGAUAUAUAACAAUCGCCUCCAUCAAUACAGAAAAGACCAUUUCUCAAUUCUCAUGCUUCGCCGUCCACCGCGCCCUUAAAAUGAUCUCCAAAAACAUAGUUACCAUUUCGAACCUCAGAGACGGAACUUUACUUAUGCUAGUUAAAUCUCAAGCAGAUGCUGAUAAGUUUAUUAAUACUACCGAGCUCACCGGUAUAUGCAAAGUUCAGUGUAAGCUCCACCAGGCACUCAACUUUGUGAAAGGGACAGUCUAUGCCCCAUACCUCAGCGACAUCCCCGAAAAAGAGAUCGUCGAUGAACUUAAGACACAAAAGGUUACGAAAGUUUAUAAAUUUAUGAAAUCCUACGAUGGUGUUUCCAAGCCCAGCGGAGUUAUCCUAAUAACCUUCGAGCUCUAUAACCUGCCAUCUAAAAUCGAUAUUUCUUGGCACUCUGUUAAAGUCCGCGAGUACAUUCCAAACCCCAUGAGAUGCAAGUCGUGCCAACUCCUCGGCCACACAACCAAAAAAUGCGUUAACUCCCCACUCUGA